ACACGACUGCCUUCUUAAUUAAUACAUAAGUACUUACUUAAUCAUGUCUACAUCGCAGCCUCAGGCCGCGCCGCAAGCGACUGAGGCGCCAGGGGAUGCCCACGACACAAUCUCACCCUCUCCGCCACUGCCCGCUAGAUCUCUUGCUAGGCCAACAGGCGCAACCAACGCGAAUGCCGACGCACAUGUCUACCCCACCCUGACCCAAGGCUCCGCCAUCGCAGCGGGUGCUCCCACGCCCGGUCCGAAUACUCCUCCCGCUGCAGCCCCACCGGCGACCGCGACGGACGAAUCUAUCUCCUUGAACGACAGGCUCAAUGCCGCCGAUCGGUACUGGAAGUUCAAAUUUGGUCUCAUGACUAUUCUCGUCAUCACUGGCGUGAUUGGCAUUGGGUGCUUUGGCUGGCUCAUAACCUCGGAUCCUGACGACCACUCCUACGAUUACGGCUCGUACUGGACUACUUGGCCAUGUCUUGUCACCUGGUCCGUCUCGAUUGCUUGGUGCGCUGCCUGCGCCACCGUCUUCAUUGCCCGGAAACGCCCUGUUCAUCCCGGCGUACGCGUGUCUGUGGAACUAUUGCUUUGGCUCGCCUUCAUUCUUACCGCACUUUGUGCGCUUUUGUCCCUGCAGAACCUGAAUGAUUUCGGCCUGUAUGGCGGUCCUGAUGGCUGGAACUACGAUUACACCCCCAGCGCUGGUGGUGACUAUGUACUCGCUUCCAACAACACCUGGGUUUGGAAGCAAGACACAAGCUACAUCUCCACUCCCCGCAAUUGCACGGGCAGAUUGAGUCUUACCUCGGAUGUGCAUUUCAAGGACUGUGCUGAGCAGGACGCUUUUGUCAACAAGCUCUGGGCUGAGAAGCCGCACCGUCUUAGCGUUGCCCUGACGGGCGUUGUAUGCCAGUUCUUCGGCUUGGGCCUGCACCUUGCGCUGUUCAUCUGGGCCUGCAUCGACACACAUCGCUACAGGCGUACCAAGGUCAGCCGGGACGCCGAGAAGAUGGCCGCGGGAAUUGUGCAGACUAUGAUCAGCAACGGCGCUAUUAUACCGCCUCCAGGACAGGCUCGUGUGAACCCUGGCGCCGCACAUGGCAUGUUCUUUCACGUUCCGACCCAGGGCUACUACCCGACGCAGCCUAUAUACAUGCAGCCCACACACGUGCAACAACCACAGUACUUGGGUCAGCAGCAGUACAUGGUCCCUGCACAGUACCCCAUCGCCCAGCAAGGCGCAGUCGGUCCCGCCCCUGGAGUCGCUGGCCCAAGCACUGAGAAGACUUCCGGGCCACGGUAUGCCUGAGAAACCAGCAUGAGCAUGACGUACAUGCCAUUUGAACUAAUAAUAAUCAUCUACUUGGAAUGAACAGUUACGUAGUCAAGAUACCCCAUGAAUGUUUAAUC